GCUCACGUGUGCACCCGGAGGUCUUCCCGGUUCCGACCCGACCUCCUCCGCUCGGCUCUGCCCUGCGACGCACGGCGCCCGAGGCCCUGCCUGCCCCACCCUCUCCUGCUGGACGGCCCACGGUUAGUGCUUUUCGUCCAGCUGAGGUUGUCUCCCGCCACUCUCCUCAGACGGCCUCCGGUCGCCAAGGACCUGUGCAGGUCCUGGCUCCGCAGCUGCCCGUGCGGCCACGGUGCCGUGCGGCCGGGGAGCAGUCACCCUUGUCCAAAGAGGAGGAUGCCUUAGGUGGAGCCUCAGCCCCCCUGCGCCCCCAGGGCCUUUGAGGACGUUCAUCGUGGUGUAGCCCCCUGAACUUUUCAUCAUUAACGUGUCAGUGAAACCAUAAAAGCAGAGGCUUCUCUUGGUCCAUCUCCCCAGGAUGCCGAUCCUGGGCCGGAGCAGCAGGGAGGCCUGGGACGUGGUCUGGUGUGGGGCCCACAGAUCCAGAUGGCGAGACACCUGUGCCCAUGUGCCGCCGGGGCUCUGUCUGCAUCAAAGCUCAGACAGGUGUCAUAAUUAUGUGUCACCUGGAACCCUGACUUUCUAAGAGUCCUCUGAUGAAGCAGCAAAUGGCUCCUGUCCACUGAGUGGGCGUGGCAGCCCCUGGGGACAAAGAACACUUCGUAUGUACAGCGUAAGCAAGAGUACAACUGAGAAAUCGCAAGGAAGAUAAGUAACGUAGCAGUAAGGAUUAGAGGUCUUAAUUCUCGGCAAGAGCCAGACCGCGUCGAUGCCAUCGCUGAGGACGCGGAAGGAGCACGGUGCGCGACUGCUCGACGGAACCCGCCUGGGUUCAGAACGGCCCGUGCAGCGGCGUCCUCAGGCACAGACCACAACUCCGGCCACGGAACAAGUUGUCCUAAGUUUUCAGAAGCCAACGCAUACAAAGUACGUCCUCUGACCCCAGCGGAAUUAGUUACCUGUGGCGGAACGAAGUGAGGAAAACCUCCCCCCGUUUAGAAGUGAAGUAACAGAUCUCUAAGCUUGUGGGUCAAAAGAAGCAAAGGCCGACACCAGCGUCUGUCAGUCACAGACAAGCCCAGGGCCUCCUACACCUGCACAGAAAAGGCUUCUACCUCAGGAAACUAGAGAAGAGCAAGAGAAACACAAAGGAAGAAGAAGAAGACAGGAAAUCAGCCGGACAGUAAACCCACAACUCUCUGAAAAGAUCAUCAAGUUGACAGACCCACAGUGAUACAACACCCAGGUUCCCAAAUUCACGCGGGAGACGGGACCGGACCACCCACCCUGCAGAAAUAAACGUCAAGGCUUCUCCAGGAAUGCGAGUGAACGACACCGAUGAAUUCCUACAGACACAGAUCACUUAAAUGGACUCAGAAAAAACCAGAAAAACACCACAGACCUGUAAUAAGAAACUGAAUUAACACAGAAAGUCUAAAGUUCACACAAAGGAAGAGCCUGGUGACUUCACGGAACAUUCGGUCAAUACCACCCAUCACUCACAAACUCUUUCAGAAGACAGAGGGACGCUUCCCAGCUCCUUUGCGACGCAAGCCUGGGCCCGACAGAAGACGUCGGUGUCCCUGGUGAACCUAGAUGUUAACUUUGUAACACAGCAUCAGUAACCCAAAUACGGCAGCACUUGCACCAUCAGCCGCACACCUGAAAACCAACAGACGUCGCGGCCCAUCCUAGGGGAAGGAAGGACAAAAUCCACGGGAUCAACUCAACGGGCGCAGCGCAACAAGGAACAAAACCCGGCACGUUCGUGGUGAGAAGUGUCCAACCGCGGGAACGCAGCUUCCUUGGCCUCAGGAAAAAAGACACCCGUGCGAAGUUUCCUCGCGGACCUCGUGCCGGCAGCCUUGAGUCGGACCCGGGCCACGCCGGACCACAGUGUCUGCGGGGCUGCGUCCUCCGGGAGGCGUCCUACUGCCGGAGGCGCCCACGUUCCUCGGCUCCUGGCGUACUCCCUGUCUACUCCCCGCCCGUGGUUGGGGUCCUCUCACUGCCUACGCCCGCCCUUCCUGACCCCCCGCUUCCACCGUCAAGGACCCCUGUGGUGACACUGGGUCCAUCUGGAAAACCCAGGUUAGUCCCACUAUCCAGGCUGAUCAGCACCUCCACUCCCUUUGCCCGUGCAACCCGACACAGUCCGGAUUCCGGCGGAAGGACAGGGUAUCUUCGAGAGCAUCAUUCCGCCUGUCAGAGCAUCAGAAGUCAUGGUGACGGGCCGAAUGCUCGCCUCCAACACCAGGGGCAGGUGAGGGAGGUGUGCUCUCACCUCCGUACUCCACAUCGUACUGGGCGUGCAGCGAGGCACAGAAAGGAACAGAAAAGGGGUAGUACACAGACUGGAGAGAACAAGCGAACACGUUCUUAGUCACAGCUGACAGGGUCCUACGGAAUCCAGAUACACGCACACACCUGGCCGGUGAGUUUGACGGUCCCGGACACAAGAUCGGUAAGAGAAAUACAGGAUCUUUCUACCUGCUAAUGAUUACCUGGAAAUGAAAUUCAGACCACUUCAUUCACAACAGCACCAAGACUAAUAACAUAAGUAGAAACUAUUUUAUCAAAAACACAAGGGGCACCUGGGUGACUCAGUCGGUUAAGUGUCCAACUCUUGCUUUCGGCUCAGGUCGUGAUCUCAAGGUUGUGAGUUCAAGCCCCACAUCAGGCUGUGUGAUGAGCAAGUAUCCUGCUUGGGCUUCUCUGUCUCUCUCUCUCUCUGCUCACGCUCGCUCUCUUGCUCUGUGUGAAAAUAAUAAAUAAACGUUAAAGUUAAAAAAAUAGUGUCAAGUUUAGAAAACUUAAGGAAGAUGUAAGUAAAUGGGAAGGUACUCCGUGUCUCUUGAUCAGAAGAACUUUGUGAUCUUGGGUUAGGCACACAAAAAGCAUAAAACACAAAAAACCUCAGUAAGCUGGACUUCACUAAACUUUCACGUUUCAAAGGACAAGGUUUUUUUUAAAUUUUUUUUUUUUAACGUUUUUUAUUUAUUUUUGAGACAGGGAGAGACAGAGCGUGAACAGGGGAGGGUCAGGGAGAGGGAGACACAGAAUCUGAAACAGACUCCAGACUCUGAGCUGUCAGCACAGAGCCCGAUGCGGGGCUCGAACUCACGGACCGCGAGAUCGUGACCUGAGCCGAAGUUGGCCGCUUAACCGACUGAGCCACCCAGGCGCCCCAAGGUUUUUUUUGUUUUUUUUUUUUUUAUUGGUAAGCCACAGGCAAGGAAAAGUAUCUGCAAGUAUCGUGUCUGAUAACCGACAAUUAAAGUCUGACAACUCAGAAAACAAUUUAAAAACGUCCAAGACUCAGAUCAACACCCCGCCCGUGAAGACGAGGACCACUGUGCACAUGAGAAGGCGCUCGGCCCUAACUGUCCACGACACGGAGGAUCGCGGGAUGGGAGCAGCUGACCUGCAGACAGCACACCCCGCGUGCAGGUGAGGACGAGACCCAGCUGGAACGCUCCCACUUCUCACAAUGUCACGCUUUUGAGAAUGGUUUUUUAAAAAGUCAGACAUAAGGGGUGCCUGGCUGGCAGGAGAGCAUGAGAGUUGAUCUUGGGGUGGUGAGUUUGAGCCCCACGUCGGGCAUAGAGGCUACUUAAAAACAAAAUCCUUAAAAAGUUAUAUACAAAUAUCUUGUGAAGCAGCAAUUCCACUCCUGAGAACCUACUGGAAGGACGAGACACACGUCCACACCAAGACUUGUAUCUAAGCGUUCACGCCAACGCUGUAGCAGCCCCCAAAACAGAAACAAAGCAAACGCCCAUCAGCUGGCGAGUGGACCCACACGUGGUGCAGAUCCCUAGGGCGACAGCCGUUCAGCCAACAAGGCACGAAGGCCUCACACGCUGCUGUGUGGGGGACGCACAAGACCACAGAGCGCACACAGGGUCCUGUAGCGGCGGGGGGGGGGGGGGGCACGCCGUCCAAACUGCAGGGCUGUGCGCUUUCUACGCAUCACAAGGCUGUUGGCGCGGAAGAGAGCCGUCGGUGAAGGCGUCGCGCCAGCUAACGCUCACUGUGCCGCCCCACAAGCGACAGGCGCGUCCGGCCCGGACUGAUGGGAGACGGAACCCAAGGGAAAAAAAGGGAUCAAAUAAUAUCAAGAAGCAACAACCACCUAGGAGAAAACCUACACACGACCCGAGAUCCCAGGAGCACCGAGAGCACCGCGUGCGGGGGCGGGAAGACAGCAUGGUGAGAACACCCGUCCGCCACGAACCUGAGCACGACCCUCACCCCGACAGGCUCCGGUUUCGGCUCACACACCCGGCAAGCUGCUCCCACGACAUUUGAGGAACCAAAAGGGGCCACGCGCAGGUGGCUGGACUGCUCCGGCGGGGAUCUGCUCCACAAGCCACGGACACUUCCCCACACCCUCUGGCCUCAGGGGCAGCCCCCCACGGCCGGGGGCCCCGACAUCGUGUCCACACGCACAUCCACGGUGCAUGCACUCUGGUCCCUGUGGCACAUGGGAUGUGACCACACGAGGGUCUGCACGGUCAGGACUCUGGGUUUGCUGUCCCUCAGGCUGGCACCCGAGGAACCCAGCUCAGUGACCCUGCAGGGUCUAGGGACAGCAGGCAGGAUGCCACGGCCCACAUAUGCCCGAUGGGGGACUUGUAUCUGGAGAAGAAAUUUUUAAACACACACAUCAGACUAUCCGACAAUCGAACAAAAUCACAAAAUGGGACAUUCCCCCGGCGACAAGCCCGAGGUGCUGGUGCGUCACCAACAUUUGAGAAACAAACGACAGCCGACGUUCACUCCCCUUUGGGGCCGGGGACGGCCGGGGCGGGGGUGCGGUGUGCAACUCGACCGCCCAGAGCAAUCCAAGUGUCGCGCCCCGAGGUCUGAGCUGGACGCCAGGACCGCCCAGCCUCCACGACAGCAGCGGCCAAAGCCAGUGCGCUAACCCCGUACACAGAAGCUUGGAAGCGAAGGACGCCGCGCGCCUCGGGCAGACCCUCGGGCGGUCAACCGUGCAUGGCAGGCGCAGCAAGGGACCCGGCAGCCAGGACAGGCCGCUCUGGGAGGCCUGGGGCGCCGGGGACAGGCUGGCGUUGCGGCAACCCCCAGCCCCCCGAGUUCUCCAGCGCCCCACCCGGGAUCUAUAGACAGCACGGUCCCCUCCCCACGCUCACCCUCCCUUCCCGACGAGGGUCCUCGGCCACGAACGUGCUGAGUCCGCACUUUGCGCUGUGUCAGUGCGUGUUUACCGUGUAAAUUUCUGGGCGUGGACUUUCUCCCGGCAGAUCUAUAAUUUCUCAGAACGACCUGGAAAUCAACCAAAGCUCAAUAAAGGGAGAGAUAAAGCUGCCCUCACCCCCAGGCAUGAGCAGCUCAGGCAGGGCAGGGGCGAGGCAGGGUGGGGGGCUGGGGAGGGGCGCCGCAGCUGCCCACUGUCCCCUCCAUGGGGCUGUGAAGCAACCGCCUCCCUCCGCGUCGCCUCGCGGUGGGGGCGUCACGUUGGAGUCUGAACGUCCGCAAGCCCUGCCUCCAGCCCCGCCUGCGCAGCCAGAGGAGGGCCCCGUGGGCAGAGACCGGGAGGCGGGGCUGGAGGGCCGACUGCACCCCGCCAGCCCCAGGGAAGAGGGGUUCUGGGCAGCCAGAGCGGAGGCCGGUGGAUGAAGGUGCAGCAGGGCUCCCCUCGCUCGAGCAGCCAGCACCUUGCCGCCCCACUUCCUGGCCUGACCCGGGGCUGCCCGCAGGCCAGGCGCUGGGCUGCCAUCCUGUGCGGAGCGGGGUGGCCGUGGCCGUGCCCCCACCCCAACAGCUCUGGGGACAUCAGGAGUCCCAAAGCAGGUGGAGGCUGGUCUUGCGGCGCAAGACCUGGCCCCCAGGGCUGGGCCUCCCUCCGCUCUUCCCGGGAGGGCAGUGCUAGGAAAGCAAAUACGAGGUGGCCGGGAGCCCGGCUGCUGUUCCUAGAAGAGGCUGGGGGAGGAGGAGCGGCCAGACACCAGCUGACCCUGAGGUCGCAGAAGCCCCGGGGAGUCCUAAUGAGGACCCCACCCAGGCUGUUAGGAAACGGGCAGGGGGAGGGAAGGUGUGGCCAGCAUGCCAGACCCAGCUCCUACUUAACUCCCACGUGGCCAUCUGCUGAGCAGGGAGGUCCCCCACAGCGGCCCGAGGGGCCCCCACCUGGGCUCCGGGGGCUGGCCAAGCAGCGGGGCCUCCUCUCUCGGCUUCCCCAAAGCUGUCCCAACCACAGGCUGCUGCAGGGGAGACCCCUGCCCCCACACCCCUGCUGCCCCAGCUCUGCUCCGCUCAGCCCUGCAGGGCGAAGGUGGGGGGACACGCCCGUCCCCCAGAGCUGCACCACCACUCACCUCGAUCCCCAAAGGUGGCUUCGGGGUGAACGCGGCACCCCCCGACUCUCCCCUGUGCUAUCUGCACUCUGGGCACUCAGGGCCGAUGCUGGCAGCCGGGCAUGAGGGGGUUAAUGGAACCCGGGUCAGCAGGGCUGGGCUGGCCUGCGGCAGGGUGCUGGCUGCCCCAGCAGUGGGGAAGUCAGAGGGCAGGAGCAGCCGGCCCCAGUAGACGUACCCCUGCUCACUGCCCGCCUGCGGUCUGCUCUGCACGCGGGAUGGCCCUGAAGAGAGGAGGCCCGGCCCUGGCCGUGCUCCUGGUCUCCUGGGCAGCGCUGGGCCCCUGCGGCCUGGAGGGAGCGGAGCCCGGGGCUCUGGGGAAGGCUGAGAGCCCGCAAUGCCCAGCCGUCUGCACCUGCGGCCACGAGGACUAUUCGGACGAGCUCAGCGUCUUCUGCAGCUCCAGGAACCUCACGCGGCUGCCCGACGGCAUCCCGGACGGCGCCAGGGCCCUGUGGCUGGACGGCAACAACUUCUCCUCCAUCCCCGCGGCGGCCUUCCAGAACCUCUCCGGUCUGGGCUUCCUCAACCUACAGGGCAGCGGGCUGGCCAGCCUGGAGCCGCGGGCACUGCUCGGCCUGCACAACCUCCACCACCUGCACCUGGAGCGGAACCAGCUGCGGGGCCUGGCGGCCCACACGUUCCUGCACACCCCGGGCCUCGCCUCGCUCGGCCUCAGCAACAACCUGCUGGGCAGGGUGGACGAGGGCCUCUUCCGGGGGCUGUCCGGCCUCUGGGACCUCAACCUCGGCUGGAACAGCCUGGCCGUGCUCCCGGACGCCGCCUUCCAGGGCCUGGCCGGCCUCCGCGAGCUGGUGCUGGCGGGCAACAAGCUGGCCUACCUGCAGCCCGCGCUCUUCUGUGGCCUCGGCGAGCUGCGGGAGUUGGACCUGAGUAGGAAUGCCCUGCGCAGCGUCAAGGCCAACGUCUUCGUCAAACUGCCCAAGCUCCAGAAGCUCUACCUGGACCACAACCUCAUCGCCGCCGUGGCCCCCGGCGCCUUCCUGGGCCUGAGGGCGCUGCGCUGGCUGGACCUGUCGCACAACCGGCUGGGCGGCCUCCUGGAGGACACCUUCCCCGGCCUGCUGGGCCUGCACGUCCUGCGCCUCUCGCGCAACGCCAUCGCGGGCUUGCGGCCCCGCACCUUCAAGGACCUGCACUUCCUGGAGGAGCUGCGGCUGGACCACAACCGCAUCCGGCAGCUGCCCGGCCAGGCCUUCGAGGGCCUGGGCCAGCUGGAGGUGCUCACGCUCAACGACAACCAGAUCCAGGAGAUCCAGGCGGGCGCCUUCCUCGGCCUCCUGAGCGUGGCGGUCAUGAACCUGUCCGGGAACUGCCUGCGGGCGCUCCCGGAGCAGGCGUUCCAGGGCCUGGGCCGGCUGCACAGCCUGCACCUGGAGCGCAGCUGCCUGGGCCGCAUCCGCCCGCACGCCUUCGCCGGCCUCUCGGGGCUGCGCCGGCUCUUCCUCCGGGACAACGGCAUCGUGGCCGUGGAGGACCAGGGCCUGCAGGGGCUCGCGGAGCUCCUGGAGCUGGACCUCACCGCCAACCGGCUCGCACACCUGCCCGGCCAGCUCUUCCAGGGGCUCGGCAAGCUGGAGUACCUGCUCCUCGCCGGCAACCGGCUGGCGGCGCUGUCUGCGGACGCCCUGAGGCCCCUGCGGCGCGUCUUCUGGCUGGAUGUGUCGCACAACCGCCUGGAGGCCCUGCCCGAGGACGUGCUGGCGCCACUGGGGCAGCUGCGCUACCUGAACCUCAGGAACAACUCCCUGCGGACCUUCGUGCCGCGGGCCCCCGGCCUGGAGCGCCUGUGGCUUGAGGGCAACCCCUGGGACUGCGGCUGCCCCCUCCGGGCCCUCAGGGCCCUGGCCCUGCAGCAGCCCGACGUGGUCCCCCGCUUCGUGCGGGCAGCGCUGGACGGCGACGACGGCCAGCCGCCCGCGUACGCCUACAACAACAUCACCUGCACCGGCCCCGCAGCCAUCGCCGGCCUCGACCUGCGGGAUGUGGCCGAGGCCCACUUUGCUCACUGCUGACCGCGGGCUCGCCGGCCCAGAGCCCGGCGGGGACACGAUGUCCGCCUCGGGGGCCAGGCGUCACCUGCUCGCUUGCCGGGGUCCCGUCCCUGGGAGGACCCGGGGCAGCCGGGGGGUUCUGCUGGUGGGGGCACCGCCAUCACAUAGCACCCCCCGCCCCCGCAGUCGGUAAUUAAAAGCAAUCUAACACAUG